AUGCACUCGAAGUACUUUCGUCAAUUUAUGGACUCUCCUGAUAAAUCUGGAGCGCCAGCGUCAGCAGCUUUCCAGUACGAGUAUGUGACGGUCCUUGAUCAUCUUUCAGGGGAAGGGAGGGGCUGGUCUCUACAGUCUUCGGAAAAGACAACACCUAGUACAACAAACGACUCAAUGGCUUACUUACACCCCGAGGGAGACAUCAUGGCAAUUGAUCAAAUACUCCGCGCCAUGUAUCGCCUGGAAUAUAAGAUAGAGACUUAUGACCAAUUGGAUCGCUUGACAACGACCGCCGAAUAUUAUUGCGCCUUACCUGUUGUCUCCGCUACACUGACUGAUGCGCUACUUCACAGUCCUAUGUUCGGACCAUCGCGCUCAGGUCAUGGGCUCGAGGAGGAAAGGGAGCCCGAAUUUCUAAUCAUGUUGUUCGAGAUACUACUUCUUGCGAAAAAGCUGCGUCAUGCCACAUUAUUUCGGGAAGCCCUAACUCUGGUGGUUGGGUCCUGGUCAAAGGUCCAUACGUAUGAUAGGUAUGAUGUCUCGAUUGGCUUAGGUGAUCAUUAUCAAGAUGAUGAUUUUUCUUCGUCUGGUAGAGCCAUGGUGAUGCUCGACAAACAAUUGGGUCCAUUAGUACUGUCACACUACAGGAAACUUGGAGAUCACGUCUUGAAAAUUCACCACCAAGUGCUCUACAAAAUUUUCCAGCAUGGAUGGAAGGCGAGCAACAACGGAAUUAUUGAGAUCUCUGCUUAUUGGCAGGACAGUGCCGUCUUCUAUUACGACCUAGAUUCAGAAUUGGAGACCGCAUCAGGCGUCAUUCCCAUGCCUUUCCCUGACCGACAGUAUCUUCAGGUUGAAAUCAAGUCGUUGAAAAGUAAUUUAGUUUUCGAUUACACCCAUAGCCUCCCUGGGAAGUCUGGUUGGUAUCGAGAAAUGUAUCUCAACACCCUGCUAUACGAUGAGGAACUCCCAUGGGAUCGUACAGAGACCGAUUGGUAG